AUGAGGGUGAUGACCAAAGCUGGGGAAGUAAAUUUAAAGGACCUCAUCAAGAAAUUGACCAGUGCCAAAAAAUUGAAUAAGACCCAACGAUUAGAAAAUGCACGGAUUGUUGUCAGCAACGUCAGUGAGGGGAAAGUCAAUAUCAAUGAUCUAGUGUCUGCUUUGAAGAGCUUGGGAAUCCAUUUAACUGAUGAAGAUGUUGAAGAAAUGAUGAAAUCUAUUGAGAUUGAUGGAGAAGGCAUGGUGAAUUUAAAAGAUAUUGUCAAUAAAUUGGCCAAGGAGAAACAAGAAGAGGUCCAACGUCUAGAAGCAGCCCUUGCUGUCACCAAUGUCACAGAUGGAAAAGUCAAGGUUAGUGAUCUUCCACCUAUCCUGGACUGUCUGGGGGCCAGUAUAGGCGAGGAAGAAAUUAAAGAAACAUUGACAUCUCUUGAGGUUGAUGAAAAUGAAAGGGUUGCUCUUGAGGAUUUUGUCCAGAAAGUACCCAUAUCUAAACUAUCUUCUAAGAUCCAACAAACUCAAAAUAUCUCUAAUGUUGUCAACAAUGUCAGUGAUGGAAAAAUUAAUAUUGAGGAUCUGGAACCCACUCUGGAGAGCUUAGGGAUCGAAUUAAAGGAGAAAGAGGUGAAAGAAACACUCAAAUCUAUUCAGCCUGAUGAAGAAGGAAAUGUGGGUUUUGAGGAAGUUGUUAAGAAAGUGACUGAGAGCCUUAACUUGGCAAACACUCAACGAAUGCAAAAUGCAUCUAAUGUUAUUUCCAACGUUGCUGAUGGGAAGGUUUGUGUUGAGGAUCUGCCAGGUACUCUGGAGAGCUUGGAAAUUGAUUUAAGUGAUGAAGAUAUUCAAGAAACACUGAAAUCUGUCGAGCCUGUUGAAGAUGGAAAGCUGAAAUUAAAGGAUGCUAUCAAUAAAUUAGUUGAGACCCAAAACAGAAAAAAGAAGGAACGAAUUGCGAUUGCAUCAAAUAUUGUCAGCAGUGUGACAACUGAUAAAAAAAUAAAAGCAGAAGAUCUACCACCUGCCCUGAUGACUUUGGGGUUCCAAUUAAGUGAAGAAAAUAUUAAAGAAAUACUGAACUCCAUGGAACCUGACGAUGAAGGAAAAAUAGAAUUUAAAGACUUUACUAAGAAAUUGAUGAAGACUGAAGACUUUGCAAAGAGCCACCGAAUACAAAAUGCACAAAGUAUUGUUACUAACAUCGUUGAUGAGAAAGUCAACAUUGCUGAUGUGAUGCCUACCCUGGAGAGCAUGGGGGUUGAGUUAAGUAAAGAAAAGCUUACAGAGACUAUAAAAUCCAUUAAACCUGAUGAAAAGGGAAAUGUGAAGUUUCAGGACAUAGUCAACAACUUGAUUUCAAGCAAAGAUGCAUUAAAGGGCCAACAAAUAGAAAAUGCGCGUACAAUUCUUUCCAAUGUCACUGAUGGGAAAGUUGCUCCUGAAGACUUGUCACCUACCAUGGAAUCCUUGGGGAUUGAGUUAACUGAUGAAGCUCUCAGAGAAACACUACAAUUGGUUGAACCCAAUGAUGAUGGUAAAAUAGAUUUCAAGGACACUAUCAAGGAAUUCAUUAAGCAAAGGAAGUCACAAGCAGCCCAACAAAUACAAAAAGCACAGAAUAUUGUCUCCACUGUAUCCAGUGGGAUGGUCCAUGUUGAUGAUUUAUCACCUACCCUCAAAAGCUUUGGAAUCGAACUAACAGAUGACAUGCUUAAGGAGACCCUGGAAUCUGUUGGAACUGAUGUGGAUUUAAGGAAAUUUGUGAGAAAAAUAUCUAAUGAUGAUGAAUUCACAAAGGAUGAAAAGACAGAAGAAGCAUUAAAUGCUAUCACCAGCUUCGCUGAGGGGAAAGUCAAGAUCUCUGAUAUGCCUUCUACCCUGGAGAGCUUAGGGGUCAAGUUAACUAAACAAGACAUUCAAGAAACAUUGAAAACCGUAGAGACUGAUGAUGGACUGGUGAAUUUGAAGACCUUUGUUGAUAAAUUAGGUACUGUUGAACAAUUUCCUGAAUGCCAACGAAUAGAAGAUGUAUAUAAUGUCGUCACAAACAUCAUUGAUGGCGGGAAGGUAAAAGUUGAUGAGCUGAUGCCUACCCUGCAGCACUUGGGAAUCAAGGUAGCUGAUGACCACAUUCAAGAAACGCUGAAAACGGUGACACCUGAUGAUGAUGAAGCAGUGAAUUUACAGGAAUUUAUGGACACUUUGGCUAAAUCUGAACCAUUUAGUGAUAUUCAGCGAAUGGAAAAUGCAUGUAAGUUUGUCAGCAGUACCAAGGACGGGAAAGUGAAGAUGGAUGAUUUGUCACCUACUUUGGAGACAUUGGGAGUGAAUUUAACAUCUGAGGAGAUUAAGGAAACUCUGAAAUCAGUCCAGCCUGCAAAGGAUAGAGCUGUGAAUUUAAAGGAUAUUUUCGAGAAACUGGCUAAAACGGAAAAAUUUCAGAGGUGUAAACGACUACAACAUGCAUGUGAUGUUUUUGCCAGCCUCCUUGAUGGGAACGUCAACGUUAGUCAGCUCACACCUGCAAUGGAGAAUUUGGGGGUUUCUCUGAAUCAAGAUGAGCUCAAUGAGGCAUUGAAAUCUGUGGAGGUUGAUGAACACGAAGGAGUUAACUUAAAGGACUUUGUCAAUGUUUUAUCUAAAACUGAAAAUUUUUUGGAAGGUCAACGAUUAGAACAUGCAGGUGAUGUUAUCUCAAAAAUCACUGAUGGGAAAGUCAUGGUCAGUGAUCUGGCCCCUACCCUGGAGAGCUUGGGAGUCAAGGUCACUAAAGAAGACAUUAGCAUGGUAUUGCCAGCUGUCAAGAUUGAUACUGAUGGAGCUGUAGAUUUAAAGAGCUUUGUUGAUAAUUUGGCUAAAAAGCAACAAUCGAAGGAGGCAAUACGAAUGGAACAGACAAAUAAUAUUGUCAGCCAUGUCAUUGAUGGAAAAGUUACACUUGCUGAAUUGGAAUCUGCCCUGGAGAACUUGGGGGUUGAGGUAACUGAGAAGGAGCUGGAAGAAAUAUUAAAAACAAUUGAGAUUGAUGAAGAUGGAGCAGUGGAUUUAAAAACCUUCAUGAAGGCUUUGGCUAAAACACAAGAAUUUCAUGAGUGCCAACGAAUCAAAAAUACCUGUAACAUUAUCACCAACAUCACUGAUGGGAAAAUCAAGAAGGAUGAUGUCCCACAAACCAUGCAGAGCUUUGGAGUUGAGUUAACCAAGAAAGAGCUUGAAGAAGCCUUGAAAACAACGGUCCUUGAUGAAAAUGACAUGUUGCAUUUAAAGACCUUUAUUGAGACUUUGACCAAAAAUCUAGAGUCUAAUGAGAAACAACGAUUAGGAAGUGCUUGUAACAUUAUCAACAGUAUCAUGGAUGGGAAAAUCAAAGUUAGUAAACUGGCAUCUGUUCUUGAGAGUUUAGGAAUCAUUUUAACGUUUGAAGAGAUUAAAGAAGCAUUGAAAAACAUUGAAAUUGAUGACAAUGAUAUGGUGCAUUUUAAGGACUUUAUCAAAGAACUGGCUGAGGAUGAUCUAUUUUGCCCUUAUGAAAAAAUAGAAUGUGUCUGCGAGGUAGUCUCCAAUGUCACUGAUGGGAAAAUUAAGAUGUCUGAACUGCUACCUACCCUAGAAAGCUUCGGGAUUCACAUACCUGAAGAUGAGCUUAAAAGAACACUGAAUUCUAUGGGUAUUAAAGAUGAUGGAAUAGUAGACUUAUGUCAGUUUAUUCAUUUGUUUAUCAAUGACAAGAUAGAAGAGACCCCACGAAUAGAAGAUAUAUGUGAAAAGAUUUCAAAUAUUACUGAAGGAAAAGUCCACACUGUUGAAGUUCCAUCUACCCUGGAGGUUUUGGGGUUCAACAUAUCUGAUGAAGAUGUUCAAGAAGCUAUGAAAGGUCUUAACCCUGAUGAACAAGGACAUCUUGAUUUAAGGACAUUGGUAAAGAGAAUAUCUCUAAAUGCCGAUCCUGAGGGAAACGAAGGAAUAAAAAAUGCAUGGCAAUAUGUCAUCAAUGUCGAUGACAACAAAGUCAACGUCCGUGAUAUUACACCUACAAUGGAAAGCUUAGGAAUUGAAUUAAGUAAUGAAGAGCUAAAUAAAAUAUUGGUAUCUCAUCCAGCUGAUGAAAAGGGAGCUGUUAAUCUAAAGAAUUUUGUUAAGGCAUUGUGUCUGAGUGAAAAAUGCCCUGAUUUCGUAGAUAAAAAGAUAUCUUUAAAAGAGAAAAUUGCCACAUUGAAUAGAACCAUACCAAAAACUGGAGGUAAAUAUAGUUCCAAAACUCAGCAACUCUUGUUCAAGUAG